CGAAGAGGGUUCGGUCUGAAGUUACCACAACAGGAAGCGUCACUGUGCUAAAAACAUUGGAGUAGGAAAAGUGCAACAAAACGCUGUCGAACACGAAGCUGCAAGAAUGUUUCCUUUUAAGAAAAUGUGUUGAUUUGUGAAAUAAUAUUUUUAUAAUCCACAACUGCUCUUCAGUUGAUCGUCAUCCAUCUUGAGAACUGUCGAAUUUGCGUCACUAGCAGCCCUCAAUAGAUAGGUUGUGUUGACCAAAAUGGAUGACAGCAAGAUGGUGGGAGGCAAAGUCAAGAAACCCGGUAAACGAGGCCGUAAACCCGCUAAGAUUGAUCUGAAAGCGAAGUUGGAGAGGAGCAGGCAGAGCGCCCGGGAGUGCCGAGCCAGGAAGAAGCUCCGGUAUCAGUACCUAGAGGAACUCGUGUCCAGCAAGGAGAGGGCCAUCUGCGCCCUGAGGGAGGAGCUGGAGAUGUACAAGCAGUGGUGUACAGCCAUGGACCAGGGGAAGAUCCCGUCUGAGAUAAAGGCCCUACUGACAGGAGAUGAACAGAAGCCUCCUCAGAGCUCCUCCACCAAGAGCUCCAAGAACAGCAACCAGAGCUAAUGUGUUGGGAGUGCCAGACCAGAACUAGUCUGACUGUCAGUUUGUUAGAGGUGGCAGCCCUGGGUUGUAUUCAUUAGGGAAAUUAUAUCAAAUGUUGUGCAACAGAAAACAGGGUGUUCAUAUAAUACCUACCCCCUUUUUUCCAUCCCGUUUGCUUCCGUGGUGAAUACGACCCAGAGCGAGUCUGUCUGAUGAAAGGUUCCAGACCAGAGCUAGGCAGUAGGUACUCAGUCUGUCUAAUGAAAGAUUCCAGACCAGAGCUAGGCAGUAAGUACUCGGGUCUGUCAUGCCAGACCGCUCCACUGUAUAAGGCCUCUGUGACGGAGAGUGAAGAGGUGUCUCACCGGUCUGUCUGUUUCAGCCCCUCCCCCCUCUAGAGGAGACGCACAGCAACAGAACUGUCAGAGACACAUAUCAUUACUAACGCUGGAGGACCUUCAGAGUAAUAGCUCGUAUUAUUUGACAGUUGUAAUCCACAUUACUGGCCUGAUUUAUCAUGCGUGGUUCACUAUUGCAACUCUUGGAUUCGUUAAUGUUAGUAAUGUGAAAUAUGUUAUUAGUUGCAGCUAUAGACACCUUUAGACAGCCUGUAGUAUUGAACAGUUAAUCUCAGUGUUUUAGCUUCUACGUGUGAGAAUUGAGGAAGCGUUUUAAUGGUACAUGGAUGAAACCAGGACAGAAGAAGUGAAAGGGUGUAGGCUGUGCAUGUCCUACCUGGCCUAGACAUUCAGACAAAACAAAGCACAUAUUCACCUUCAAAUAAGGAAUUACUCUUUGACCUUUCAUUGGUUAGUUUGUGUUGGGAAAGGAGCAGAACUAUGGUAACAUCCCAAAUGGCACUCCGUUCCCUAAAUAGAGCCCUGGUCUAAAGUAGUGCACUAUAUAGGGAAUAGGGCACCAUUGGGGACAUAUAUAUCUUGUCAUAGCAGAAAAGGAAAGAUAUCAUGUAUCUGCAGAGAUGAUAUAAUGAUAUACAGCACUGUAUGUUGAAUUUAUUUAUAUAUUUUAAUUGGAUCACAGAAAGCCCUUUUUUCCCCGGUUUUGUAGUGUGAUGUUGUAGAACGUAUAGAAGGUCUGACAGACAACAGAAAGAUCUUUCCCAUUUUGUAGAGAUGUUCAAGUCUCUUGUUUGUGUGAAAGGCUAGAAUGGGGACACGUCCUUACCAGAACAGGAGCUGCUGAGGCAUUGCUCCACCUAUGUUGUCUUUCAGUAAUGUUACAUUGUAUCAUGUGGUAUCUAAUCGAGGCCUAGACGACUCAUGUUCUUUCACCAUAAUGCAACCAAAAUAUAGUAGCCUGUACCUGUUUUGGUUUACAAAUUAUGAUUAUAUUGUCCUAAGGAAAUUAAAUAAGGACUCAUUAAUAGACAUUCA